GCCCAUUACUAGAAUACGAAUACAAGCCAGCCCCAUCCUCCAGAAGUAGAAACCGGAGGAUACUGUAACACAGAUCCGACCCGAACUCUUCUAUUUGGACUGAAUCGGACUAGAAGCAGUAAACAGUAAACACACAGCGCAAUUUGAAUACACACAAGCUAUACAUACACAGUGCGUGUAUCUAUACAUAAUCAAUCGAGAGAUGUCAGGGCUUCCUCGAUCUUCGAGCGCGCCGCUAAGGAAUUCCGGCCUCCCUCCUCAAGAACUCCUCGACGAUCUCUGCAGCCGGUUUGUUUUAAAUGUCCCAAAAGAAGAUCAACAAUCGUUUGAGAGGAUACUGUUUCUUGUGGAAUAUGCACACUGGUUUUAUGAGGACAAUUCAGUUGAAAGAAAUCCUUCACUGAAGUCACUUUCGCUAAAGGAAUUCACCUCCCUCAUGUUUAACAGUUGUGAUGUUUUGAAACCCUAUGUCGCACACAUAGAUGACAUAUUCAAGGAUUUCACUUCAUACAAGGUUCGGGUUCCUGUAACAGGAGCCAUUAUUCUGGAUGAAACUUAUGAGCGGUGUUUACUAGUUAAAGGGUGGAAAGGAACAAGUUGGAGUUUUCCCCGUGGAAAAAAGAACAAAGAUGAGGAAGACCAUAAGUGUGCUGUUAGGGAGGUUUUGGAGGAAACAGGUUUUGAUUUUUCGAAAUUUCUUAACAAAGACGAGUACAUUGAAAUGAUAUUUGGUCAGCAGAGGGUGCGGCUCUACAUAGUUACUGGCGUGAAAGAUGAUACAGCAUUUGCUCCACUUACCAAAAAGGAAAUCAGUGAAAUAGCAUGGCAUCGGCUUGAUGAUCUUCAACCAGCUAAUAAUGAUGUAAUAUCCCGCGGGAUCACUGGUCUCAAGCUUUACAUGGUUUCACCAUUCUUGGCAUCUUUGAAGUCAUGGAUUUCAGCGCAUCAACCCCCUGUAGCACCAAAGCUCAAUGCACCCAUGAAAGGAAUUAGUGUCUGGAAGGCCAAGACAAGUUCUACAGGAAGCAGCGCAACAAUUGCGGAAUCUCUAGCUGUUAAGCCCAAGGCAAAUACUCAAUCUUCUGCUAUGGGCCCUGGAAGGAGCUUCAGAAAUUUCCGGUUUGAUACUGGACUUAUCUUUCAAGCGAUGGAAACAGCCUUCUCAUCCUGACUUGGCAUAUAAAACUGUAAUUAUGUAUCGUGAAGUGUUCGAUUUGCACAUAAUCUGGUUAGGUUUAGCUCUUGCACCAAUUCUGAUCAGUAUAUGUAAUCUGUUGUAGUACAUUGCAGUUUCACCCUCCUUUUAUGGCUUCAACCUUUUGUAGUGACUUAAAAAAGCUUACUGUAUUUAGAUAUGUUUAAUAUAAUACUCCCUCCGUCCCGGUUUACUGUUUA